GGUGUACAAAACAGGAGGCUUAUUUUUCGUUGGCCUUCCUCUUAAUCCAUUGCUUCUUCAUUCGUUCAAUCAUCCGGCAUGUCUGCCGCUGCCAUUGUCACUCCUUCACAUCAAGAUUUAUUGAGUAGAGACUCAAAAACAUCUUCCACCCUAUUCCAAGGAAAUGUUGACCAAUAUCCACCUGAUGUUGAAAAUACUUUGGAUGCCGCUUCUGGAACCGCUCGCACACCUCGACCUCAAUUGAAAAAUCUACCCUCCAGAAAAGACUCUUUACCCGAAUUACAGAAGAUACCUAGUGGACCGCGUAGGUCAAAAACAGCAAACCAUGUUUUACAGUCGUUAUCACAGCCCAUAGUGGCCACCCCUGAAUCAGAUACCACUCUUAGCCCUGAAACAUCCACUUCGCUGACCAAAAGAAUAUCGAAAGUUCGCCCUGUCAUUCGUCGUAAUACAACAGGGCCAGAUGCCAUACCUAGCGAAGACCUUGACUUAACGCCAGCUUCUCGCAAAAGACAAUCAUUUAAACGGCUAUCCAGAAGGCGACGCGACGACGAUGAUGAUAGAGUUAUUAUCGGUAUUCGCAUCGCCGAAGGUCAUCAGAACUACGUCCUCAUGUACAACAUGCUCACUGGUAUUCGCAUUGCCGUUGGGCGAGUUAGUGCGAAACCAAGUCAUCCCCUCGCUGAUGAAGACUUUCUUGCUGCGCAUAAGCUUGUCUUUGAUGUUACCGGUAAUGAAUUGACUCCUGGAGCAAGAUAUGACUUCAAAUUCAAAGAUUAUGCACCUUGGGUUUUCCGACAAAUUCGAGAAAAGUUUAACAUCGACCCAGCCGACUAUUUGAUUUCGCUCACCAGUAAAUACAUUCUGUCCGAACUGGGUUCACCCGGCAAGAGUGGAAGCUUCUUUUAUUACUCUCGAGACUAUCGCUUCAUUAUUAAAACCAUUAGUCAUACGGAGCACAAGUUCAUGCGCAGCAUUUUAAAAGAGUACCAUGAACAUGUCAACAGCCAUCCAAACACUUUACUUUGUAGAUACUAUGGACUUCAUCGCGUUAAGCUGCCUCGAGGUAGAAAGAUCCAUUUCGUAGUUAUGGCCAACGUUUUCCCUCCCAAUAAGGAUGUACAUGAAACGUUUGAUUUGAAGGGUUCCAAAUAUGGCCGUCUUCUUGCAGAAGAAGAGAUUCAAAGAAAUCCAAAUGCUGUUAUGAAGGAUCUGAACUGGGAAAAGAAGGGUCGAAAGCUUGCUUUGGGUCCUCGCAAACGACGUCUCUUUAUUCAGCAACUGGUUCUUGAUGUCAGGCUCUUGACGCGACUGAAUAUCAUGGACUAUAGUCUGUUGAUAGGAGUGCAUGAUAUGAUUCGUGGUAACAAGGACAACAUUCGUGACUCAACACUACAAACCUUCCAGCCCGAUACUAAGACGGCAGAAAGACAUGCUUCGGUUAUGAAGCGACGUCAAAGCAAAGCUCAAGUUGUUCGAAAGGCCAUCCGUGACACAAAUCUCAAUCGUAUUGAUAUUUCUGAACUUCAAAAUGAGAAGGACGAUCGCAGCAGUAGUGCAUUUUAUUCAGACGAUGGUGGAUUCCGAUCGACUGACGAAAGUGACAUGCCCACUAACCAGUUAUACUUUAUGGGUAUCAUUGAUAUCUUAACUCCGUACGACUUGAAGAAGAAAUCUGAGCACUAUUGGAAGUCCAUGACCCUUGACAAGCAUGGCAUUUCGGCUGUCAAGCCUUCAGAAUAUGGCCAUCGUUUCGCAUCGUACAUGGUUAAGACCAUUGAGUAUAACGAAGAUAUAACCACGGCUGUGGAAGAAGAAACUGCUGAAACCAAGAAGAAUCAGUAGACCAGCCCAGCUCACUGCGAAAAUUUACCCCAGCCUGUUUUUUUAAUAUACUUUUUGCUUUUUGCCAUCAUGUCCUUUUCCCCAUUCCCUUCAUUUUAUUUUAUCUUCAAAACGUAUGUCCACAGUAGAAAUUGAUAUACCCUGGCCAAACUGUUAUGUACUUCACCUUCUCCUAUUAUUCCAUUUCAUAUAUAUCUAUAUAUUGUGUAUAACGGAAAGGAACGCUUCUGCGAUCCUACGGUAUUCAAUAAAAGAAAAUCACCUUGCAGCCGGAGCGCUACGGGAAUCCUGCAUGGCUUACCGUAUACUGGUCUUUCUCCGGUAAAACCAGCUCCCCGCAACACAUAUCUCACGCGGGAUGUGUUUAACGAUUUAACCUCAUUUACAG